CAACAUGCAAAAGCAACCAGAAAUGACUUGGUAUACCUAGAUGUUGAAUUUGUUUUAUAUUUCUUUGAAAUCUUGACGCUUGUUCGUAAUUUUUUAUACUUCCACUUGUGCACCAUUCCCCUUAUAAAACCCUAGCCAUAUGUACAGCUGAAAAUUAAAAAUAAGCCAUGGCAGCACAACAAGGUUCUAGAUGUGAGAUUGAGCUUGUGAUAGAGAGAACUAGCACAACCCAACAAAACCCAAGAACCAAUAUGAGAACAAUCGCACAGAGCUCAUUAUUAAUGUCCCUGAAUUCCUUGCUAACAAAAUUUCAUGCAGGUUAUUUCAGGAUAAGCCUCUCACUUGGCGGCCAAGCCUUGCUAUGGAAGACACUCAGCUCCGUGCCAACCACCGAUGACAAGAGCAACGCGCUGCGGCGCGUCUUUCACGCGCUGCACCCCACCAUUUUCCCCAUAUUCUGGUCUCUGGCUCUCUUUAUUCUCAUAUUACUCUCUCUUCUUUACAUCUUAAGGUGCUUGUUUUUCUUUAAGAUGGUAAAGGCCGAGUUCUUGCACCAUGUAGGGGUUAAUUAUCUCUUCGCACCAUGGAUCUCCUGGCUCUUGCUUCUUGAAUCGUCACCCUUCAUGGCACCCAAAACCGUCCCUUACCUGGUGCUGUGGUGGUUGUUCGCGGUCCCUGUAGUGAUGCUUGACGUGAAGAUCUAUGGACAGUGGUUCACGAAAGGGAAGAGGUUCUUGUCGACGGUGGCGAAUCCGACGAGCCAGAUGUCGGUGAUAGGGAACCUAGUGGGGGCACAGGCGGCGGCGCACAUGGGUUGGAAGGAGAGCGCGGUGUGCUUGUUCUCGUUGGGGAUGGUGCAUUACUUGGUGUUGUUUGUGACGCUCUAUCAGAGGCUCUCCGGCGGGGAUCGCCUGCCUGUGUUGUUGAGGCCUGUUUUCUUCUUGUUUUUUGCGGCUCCGGGGGUUGCUAGCUUGGCUUGGGAAUCCAUUGUUGGAUCCUUUGAUAUUGCUUCCAAGAUGCUCUUCUUUCUAUCCCUCUUUCUCUUCACCUCACUGAUUUGCAGGCCAACACUGUUCAGGAGAUCGAUGAGGAGGUUCAAUGUUGCAUGGUGGGCUUACUCGUUUCCGGUUACAAUGCUUGCUCUGGCUUCCACGGACUAUGCUCAAGAAGUCAAAGGAACCAUUUCUCACAUUCUCAUGCUCUGUCUCUUAGCUCUUUCCUUUCUCGUCUGUCUUUCUCUAACUCUCUUCACUUUCCUCAACUCUAAGAUGCUUCUUCCUGAUAAUGAUCCCAUUGCAAACUUGGUCAUUCAAUUUCCAGUAGCAGACUAGUGCAAGCUAAUUAGUAAUUUAGCCCUUCAUUUCAUUAUUGAACUUGCUUGUAUCUAUUAUAAAUAAACAACGAUUAAAAUAAU